CUGAGCAGCCUCUGUGCUCUCUUCAGACAGCCCCCUUUGUAGAGCUGAGCUUGUGGGCAAGAAGAAGUGAGAGCCUGAGAAGCUGAGAGAGGAGGCACAACUGAGAUCUGCACAGAAGGCAUCUGGGCAACCAAUACAGAAACAUCACAAGGGCCAUAGUCGUGCCACAAGGACUACAGGUCAUUUGUUGGGAAAUACUAGCAGAACAAUCAUGAAGCUGCUUCUUAUUGGAUUAUGUUUCUCGUGUGUUUUACUUGGCACAUUUAUUGAUGCCAGACCAGUGUAUGGAGAGGAAGGUCCUUAUGAGGAGGCCCCUGCUCAUCCUUACUGGCCCUACUCCACAUCAGAUUUCUGGCAGUAUGUGGAGCAUUUCCGCUCCCUGGGUGCAUAUGACAAGAUAAAUGAUAUGGCUCGCACCUUCUUUGCUCACUACCCUAUUGGGGAUACCCUUGGAUACACUAGCCGGAACGAAGAUGAAUAGAUGCAUGUUAUUCACCAUGCUUAUGCACACAUACUUUAAUGUACAUACAGAGCACACACGAUAUAUAGCUCGGGGGACCAAUGCCAUGGAUGGGAAGUGAUGAAUACCCAAGCUCACCUACAAGCCUAAAAUGCACCAUCCCACUUAUCCUGAGCAUACCAGCUGGCUUUAAGGUUUCGGAGCCAAGCUUACUAUUUUAUAAAUAUUUGUUUGCUUUUACCCUUCAGAAUAAAAACAAUAUAUUUUGUAAUAUGCAGAGACUUGUUGGAGAAGAAGCAUUGCAGCCAUGUAUUUUAUAGCAAUAAAAAUGCUUUGGAAAGAAA